AAAAUGGCCGAACCGAUGUGUUGGGAGUGUUGUAUUCGUUUAAACACCGAUAACCAAGUCGCCAAAAUUCUUAACAACUUUUUAAAUGAAAUAUCUACGUUCAAUCGACAAGUGAAGGAGAUAAAUUUUCCAAGACCUGUGAAUGAGUCAUGUUGUCGGAGUUGGAAGAUACAACCAAAAAUGAAACUGUUCGUUUUUUCAAAAUGUAGCGAUGACAUUGAAUCGUUUUUAAAAUGGAGCUCGCUAGAAAGUUUCGAAGAGAAGGGUCCAUCUUUACAACGUAGUUUGCUUGCAACUUGGAAUAAAGUUGACGAGGCAUUGAAGCAUGCACAAAAGGAAAAUUAUUUUAUUCUCCCCAUUGUUUUAGUUUCAAAGGAUGAGUUGAAGGAAAACGCACAAGAUGUAAUGGUAAACAUUCAGCGACACCAUAUGAAUGAAGUUACGAUCGUCUUAACAUUUAAACCCAGUUCAAAGACAGAAAUGCAGUCAGUCAUAGAUGAUCUAGACACUGACCAAUCGAAAUCGAUUGUAGUGUUUUCAAAGAAUGAUGUAAUGUUUAGAGGAUUCCUUGUAAGAAAAAUGAAAGACUGGAUGCACGCACAUUAUAAACAGGUUCUAAAAUCUACUGAGAAAUGGUUAGAGGACCUGAAAAAAGUUCCAACGUGUGCAGAUGUAGAGAAUCGUCUAAACUCCUUUUGCGACACAAACUCAUUUGAUGCACCCCUGAAAGAGUUCACGUUCUUUGACUUUGAGUAUGAAAAUGCUAUUUCAAAACGGCGUAUUUCCAUGAGAGACAAACAGGCAUAUCUACGUCGAAUUAGAAAUCGAGCUGUUGUUGCGUUAUGCAAAAAGACAAUUGAUGAAAGCUUUGAUGUACCUGCACAUAUGGACAUGGAAAGCAGUAGCUGCCCACGAAUGUUCCUAGUAAAUUAUUUCCAAAGUUUUAUGACUGGGAUGAUGGUAUGCAUUGUACAUGAGCACGAAGUGACAUUGCAAAAUACCUGUCAUUCUCCUGAAUGGAGUAAACGCGAGGUGAUCCUUGUAUUGGAACAGGUCAGGAACAAUUGGCCAAAUUGCAUGAAACGAUACUUGAACGACGAAAUCGAGACAGUCAGCAAACUUAUCAAUAUUUUGCAGAAACAAUUUAUUCAUAAACUAAAAGACUUCCAAAAAACUUGCGAGGUCAAUGAUGAAGUUCCGUAUGACGUCUAAAUUCGACUGGCAAGGAUGUCCGGCAUAAGGUCCUUUGGAAUAGAGGAUAACAAAUUCAUUGUGUAUGUCGACUCUGCUUCACUAGACGAUGACAGUCUUCUAAGACGUAUUAAAAGGUCAGUUGGGUCUCAUCAUAAUGUAGACAAAUCCAGUCUCCAAGCGUGGCAAAAGCCAGUUUUUCACCACCACCGUAUUGGUGACCUGAUUGAGGGUGAGGACAAGGCAAUGGGCAUGAUUACAACUUUUGCUGAGAGAGUAGAUAUCAAUGGAAAAAAUCCAUCUCGUGAUCUUUAUUUUAUUACGUGUGAACACGUUGCACCCAGAGAACAAAUGCGAGUGUUCUUUCUCAGAUGUAACUGUCAAAGUAAGUGCGUGGAUUGUGAUUGUGAAAAAGAGGAGUUGGGGAUUAACAUGUACCCAUUUGGCAGUGAAAAAGAAAACCCUUUUGAUGCAGUCGUUGACAUUACUUGUGGAAUCGUCAAUAAGACGACUUCCAGCCUCUGUGACAGAACCGUCUGCGUCCCUCACUGCAGACCCGUUAAAAUUGUCGAUUUCAGCAAAACAAUUGAAACCCAUACCGGAAAACCGGUAUUAAAAUGGGACUGUGACGGCAAUCAACGAAGAGGGGAAUAUUGCGGAGUGCAGUAUACGGUCUCUCUCCAUGGGGAAAGCGAGUCGUUGGAAAACGUACCAAAACGCGUUGACCUUAUCAGGUCAGUAGAAGACCAUUCUUUUGGAAGAGAAGGCCAUAGUGGAGCACUCAUUUUUCUAAUGCAAAACAAAGGCGGUGCUGUAGAUUUAAUGUCUCCGGCUUUCGUUUAUCUAGGCCUUUGGUCGAAUAACAAGUACAUGUGUUUCAGACUCCAAGAAGGAAUCCAGUGUUUGGAAAUGGAACAUAAAUUAAAAUUAAAACUUUGUUUGGAAAAUCCAGGAGAAACGGACAGUUGUAUGGCGGUCAGUUGAUACAAAGACCGCGCCAUUGGCAAUUAAACUGACUCAAAUGAUACCUGUUUCGACAAUUUGAAAUUGCGUUUUGUUCUGCGAAUAUUCCAUCAACAAAUUUGUCUGAAUGUUUCAUGUGGGUUGUGCAUUUUGUUUUGGACUACUACAUGGGAUAUCUUUAAAACAUUUCCUGUUAGCAUACUUUUCAUCUAUGUGUAAUCAUUAAAGUAUUUCUAAAAUCUACAGUAAGAGGAAACCGUAAUCUGAUCUAAAGGAACAGCAUGUUUUAAUCUGAAAGCACAUCACAAUGAACUUGGUGGAAUGACUUUUCUGGGGUAAUGUAAUGAUGACAUGCAAACAUAUGACUGAUUUGCAUCACAAAAACGUCGCUAGUCAAAUCAAAUUCCCAGGCAGUUUGCAAGCAAACAUUCAAAUUGUCAAUCAAAAUCAGAAAAGGUGUCAUACACACAUUUCUCUUGGUAGAUACUAGUAUAACUUUUCAUUCUAACUUAUAGAAAUUGAGAAGUUUAAAUCUUAACAUUUGGAAACUUUUUUUUUAUUUCUCUGAACCAACUGAAAUGCAAAAAGUUUUGCAGUGAUGUUUCAUAGGGUUCACAUUAAUUGCCAUGCAAGUAUUCCUUUGCAAGCAAGCUUAUCGUAUGCUGAAUGCUUUAUCUUACUAUCAAUGUUGUGUACAUAAAUAGACAUUUAUAAUGGAUCGGGGUUUUUUUCAAAACAAAUGUAUGAAAUAAAUGUUAAUUGUGAAAAAAUGUUCAUUUGGAGCUUGGAAUUUGGUCAUCUAACCACCCAAGAUAAUUCCGAUGGAAUAUAAUGAAUAGCAAUGUAGUUAACUAAGUAGCAAGAUAGUUAUUUUGUGUGCCGUCAAAAGUGUUACAAUUUAUGUUUAUGUGUGGAAAAUACUAGUAUAUAACUCUGAUUUUUAUACUUAAGGGUGUUGUUACACUUUAUUUUUUCUAUUAUAUCUUCUUAUUGUUUACACGCUUUAGAAAGUAUUUAUUAUGGGUAGUCUUUCUUUUUUGUGUGUGUGUUAGCUGUUUAGUUACAAGCAAUAUACAGAGCUCUUGUGGUUUUUUUAAGUUAAAAGGGUUUGUGUCAUGCCCUUUUUCACAUUGAUUGUAUGUAAGCUAACACUUUAUUUAGUUACGAUAUCUUCCAAUUUGUUUUAAACAUGGUAUUUUUUAUCUUUCAACAAAUUAUGAAUUUAAAAUGAAUUUUUAAAAAAAACGAUCCUGGUUUACACAACAAAUAGUUAUUGGCUCUGUAUCAAACUUCAAAUUUGACAACUGACCUUAAAUUUUAGUAGAUCUUUAGAACUCUUUCGUUCAGCAUUUUAACAAUUAGAGGAGGAGAAGUAUGCUUUUUCGUAAAUUUGAUUCUUGACUAUGCCCUUUUAAGGCUGAAGUGUAAUUAAUUUGUAAUUAUAAGCAAACUUGUGUAUGUAAAGAAAAGAAAUCUUAAUAUAGGGUGUUGUCCCUUUGUCCACUCAUUCUGCUUUUUUAUUUACACCAGAAAUUGUAAUUCUAAUUGCAAGCAUAUAAAUGUAUAGUAACACGUCUUAGCUUUGAUAUAGCAUAUUUUUUGUGUAAUAUGUAAUUUAAACGUUUGUUUUGAAAUUUUUUCCUGGAUGAGGUAACGCUUGACUACACAUAAUCAUAUUUAACUUAAUUUAUAUAGGACGUUUUAGCAUUUGAAUGUUGUUUAUGUGCUGAGGUUGAAUCAUGCAAAAUAUUUGAAUUUUACGAUAUUAUAUGUCAUAUAUUAUUUGUAUUAUAUAUCAUCACAAAAAAGUCACAAAAUUUGAGUUUCACACCAGCAUGUGAAACUGUGGAACCCACUCCUGCUUGUGUAUCAUGAUCAAGUCAAAUCAACCAAAAAAUACCGUAUACAUACUAAAGAACUACACAACUACUCUAUAGAAAUAUAAGGGAUGUCAACUCGAGUACUCGACAAUUAUUCAUUUGGUAUGCCGAUCAUCAACAUUUUUAUCAGUCGCUGAAAGGUGUAAGGUUGUAUAUAUAAUGUUUAUUUCUUUAAUAAAAAAAAUAUUUAAUCGGUUUUUGCAAAAAAGUUUAGAAAUAUAUUUAUUUUUAAAGUCAUCGUAGUUUUAUGAGAGAAUUCAUCAAAUAAAGGCCAAACUGGU